CCAUUCCAUUUUCUAUCCACUUCCGAUUUCCAAUCCAAUAAUUCAUUUCCGAAACUUAUUUUUUAACCAAGCUAUCGUUCUCGAUCUCCAUUUUCUCUAAUUCCGCAGCUAUUUUAAUAUUAAGGUUGAUUUUUUCGACCUCGAUUGAAAUUUGCAUAAAAUUGGUUGGAAUUUCUUUAAUUUAAAUUGAAAGAAUGGCUGCUGCUGUGGGUUGUGGGUCUUCCUGGGCUCAAUUCAAGGAUAUCUCGCCUCGAAGAAGCUCGAGGAGUAAAAAUGGCGAUAGUAAGGGAUUUAGGGUUUCGUGUGUGUCUUCUACCGUGGCUGAUCCGUACCAGACACUGCGAAUUCGCCCUGGCUCGUCUGAAUCUGAGAUUAAGAAGGCAUUUAGGCAGCUUGCUCUUAAGUAUCAUCCAGAUGUCUGUAGAGGAAGCAAUUGCGGCGUCCAAUUUCACCAAAUUAACGAAGCAUACAAUAUUGUGAUGAGUAAUGUGAGGGGAGAAUCAAGUGGGGUGGAGUAUUAUGAGGAGGAGCAGGUUAGUGAAGAACAAGAUUGGGAGCUUUGGGAGGAAUGGAUGGGAUGGGAAGGAGCUGGGAUUCGUGAUUACACCUCACAUAUUAAUCCAUAUAUUUGAUUCGUAUAUGUUUUCAUCCAUAAAGCCCACACUUUCACAACCAUUUCAUGUUGUGAAUGGAAGAUGAGGUUUUUUGUUUGUACAGAGUAAUUUCAUUUCUAUGUUUUAGCCCAUGUACAUACUUCUUUUUAUGGCACCCCUCAAUUGUAAUAAGUAAAUCUUCCUGCCCUUUGAGAAAAAGGAAAAUAAAUCAAGUGUUGAUAUA